GGCUCCGGGCUCCGGCGGCUGCUGAUGGGAGGCGGCGGCCACCAUGGGGAACAAGCAGACCAUCUUCACCGAAGAGCAGCUGGACAACUACCAGGACUGCACCUUCUUCAAUAAGAAAGACAUCCUCAAGCUCCAUGCACGGUUCUACGAGCUGGCCCCCAACCUUGUCCCAAUGGACUACAGGAAGAGCCCCAUCGUCCACGUGCCGAUGAGCCUCAUCAUCCAGAUGCCAGAGCUCCGGGAGAAUCCCUUCAAGGAAAGGAUUGUGGAGGCUUUUUCUGAGGAUGGCGAGGGGAACCUCACCUUCAACGACUUUGUGGACAUGUUUUCUGUGCUCUGUGAGUCGGCUCCCCGAGAGCUCAAGGCAAACUAUGCCUUCAAGAUCUAUGACUUCAACACUGACAACUUUAUCUGCAAGAAAGAUCUGGAGCUGACACUGGCCCGGCUCACCAAGUCGGAGCUGGAGGAAGAUGAGGUGGUGCUCGUGUGUGACAAGGUCAUUGAGGAGGCUGACCUGGAUGGCGAUGGCAAGCUGGGCUUCGCCGACUUCGAGGACAUGAUCGCCAAGGCCCCUGACUUCCUCAGCACUUUCCACAUCCGGAUCUGAGGACACUGCCGAGGCUGCAGGGGUCUGGAAGUCCACCAUCCAGCCCUGCUGUCUAUACAAGUGUGACCUCCAAGCUCCCCAGGAAAGGAGUUGUGACCUCUGGGGUUCACAUCCACAAACAUUUCCUGUGGCCCUUUCAGCAAAAAAACCUCAGCCGGGGAAGGCGGGUGUGAGGAGUCGGACCCUUCCCAGAGCUCCCUGUGGUCUGGCCCCAGGACCCUUGGUCCCUCUACAGGCCCUCUCCAACCACCCCCAUACCCCAGUCCUCUCCCAUCCAGAAAUGUCCCCCCUUUGAGGGUAAGGCAGAAAACCUAAGAGGAAGUAGCAGGGUCUGACUUGCUAAGGGUUGGGCAGACGCCCCAGUCACCCAGGGCAGAGUGCAAAAGAGAAAAAGAGAGGUCAGGGUUUUAACAAGCUAUGCAAUCUUUUUCAAAAACCCAAGGCUGGGCUGUGCCCCACCCUCCUGGCUGUUCCCCUCCCCCCCCAAUGUGAAGCUGUGUGAGCAGUGGGUCUGAGGGCUCUGUCCCUGUCUCUGCCUCUGGGUCACAGGCACCACCCUGUCUGCUUCCCCAAUCAUGUGGAACUCACUGGUGUGUGCCAUCCACAGAUUUGUGAACUCCUGGUAGUAAAACACUUCUGUGUCUGCA